AAAAUAUUUUACAAUAAUUAAUAUAAUUCUUUUGUAAAAAUUAAAGCACAACGAAUCAACCGGUUUCAUUACCCAAGGCUAUCAUUAUACGAAUCUCAUCACAAUCUCAUUAGUCGAUAUUUCGUAAUUACAAGAGGCCUAAAAAUGUGAACGAGCAGCAACAAAAACUUGGAUAAAAUUUUCGCUCACGAAAUAAAUUGAUUGUUAACCGACAGUCAACAGUGCGUUCCUGUUGACUACGCUUCGUUCGUUGUCAUAUUCAACUUGGCAACGAACAGCAUAUAUAGAAGUUUCUAAAGAUGUCUACUAUGCUUCCACUGUCGACAAGUGCGUCUGGUACUCAUUUGCGUCCACAAUCAUUAAUCGGACCGGAACGCGAACCUGUACAUUUUACCGUCAAUUUAGUCGGCGCACCACCAGAAGUCGAGCAGCUUGUGGAACAGAUCAAAACUGUAGCAGAACAAUUUCUCUAUCAUUGGAAAACUUUUCCAAUUGUGCUUCCACAGCCAUUGUCAGCCACAACGCUCGCCUUAACUGCUAGCAAUGCAACGAAUAGCGUUAGCAGCCGCAAGACGCGUCCCAUAAAUUUGCGCGACCUAUUUAUAGCGCCACCCUUUGAUGAGCUCGAUGCUGUUGCAUCCGAUGGUAAUGGCGAACCACGUCGUUUAACCAACUCACAGCUAAAAUCGUUGCGUGAGAAUGGCUUGCAAAAGGAUAAAUAUGGAAAACCGAAGAAAUUAACUUUGGAACAAUUGGAAACAAUACGUAAAAAUGGGUAA